AUGAAUGAAGUUAAUGAUCAAACCUAUAUCGACGAAAGCCGUAAGUAUAAGAUAAUCCGAAUUAAAGCACUAGAUAAAUGUACUGCAAGACAUUUCCUUUACCUAAUUUUAGCUGCCAUACUAGCAUGUAUAGUGAUAGCAGUUUAUGUUAAUACAGAUACAGAACAUAAUAAAAUUAACAUAAUUUUACCUGACUCCCUUGAACUCAUGAGUCCAAUUGAUGAUAGAUCUAUUGAGAUAUUUGCUUUUGGAGCAGGGUUAUUCUUAUCUGCUACAGUCUCCGCAGGAGCUGGUUAUGUUGCUAAAGUUACUUUUACCGGUGGUUCAGUUUUCGGUGGAAUCUCAGGAAGAGAAAUUCAUAGCGAUAUCCCACUUUGA